AUGGAAAACGGCGCCACCGACGCAAAAGACCCUUCCGGUUUUCUCAGCGAGAUCAUCGGCGCCCCGGUCACCGUCAAGCUGAACUCUGGCGUCGUCUACAAGGGCGAGCUCCAGUCCGUCGAUGGCUACAUGAACAUCGCUCUGGAGCAGACCAAGGAGUAUGUUGACGGCAAGCUGAGGAGGAACUACGGCGACGCCUUUGUAAGAGGCAACAACGUCAUGUACAUUUCGGCCGAUCAUUGA